AUGGUUGAACAUGAGUUGCUGAUCAUAUUAGUGUAUGUUGAUAAUCUAUUGGUAACUGGAAGCAAUUUACCUCUUAUUAACCAAGUCAGGAAAGAUUUGGAAGAGAGGUUCAAGAUGAAGGACCUAGGAGAGUUAAGGCAUUGGGUUUUCCAGAUCUCAAAAGGGGAUAAUUGUGUGCUAGAGGAACUGAUACAUAGUGGAAAGAGUGCUACUGAUGAUGCAGAACUUGAUGACAAAGGAAAGUUUCAGAGGCUAGUUGGAAGGUUAUUAUACUUGACCACUACAAGGCCUGAAAUAGCCUUUGUGGUACAAGUACUCAGUCAAUAUAUGCAUGCACCAAAAGUGUCCUAUAUGGAAGCUGCCUUGAGAGUAAUUAGAUACAUCAAAAUAGCACCAGGACUUGGUUUGUUUAUGCCUGCAGGAAAGUGUCGUCAGUUAGUUGCCUAUUGUGACUCAGACUGGGGAUCCUGUGUAGAGACUAGAAGGUCUGUCACAGGAUAUAUGGGGAAGUUUGGAGAAGCCUUAAUCUCCUGGAAGUCCAAGAAAUAA